AUGUCUGUUUGCAUUACCAGUGGCCCUGAAAUCUUCCGACUUGACCUUCUCCCUUUGCGAUCAGUUCGCGUCCGAAAAGAUGUCGAUGGCAAAAGGCUGGUGAAAGAAGUUGCCAAGGCGUUGGAGUGGGAUCCAGCCACCACUCGACUGUGGCAGGUCAGCCAUCGUGAAAAGGGAAGCCAUUCGAUUGAAUUUAGCCUGCCCAAACUCACAGAGCCCUGUCUGAGUUCCACGUUGAUAUUUUGGGCCCAACAAGUUCCAGCGAACCCAACUGACGCACCUCCUCUCUCCGUGACUGCCGCAUCACCUCCGACAAGUCGGCUCUUCUUUUUUAAGGAAUUUGCAAAUCGUACUGUCCAUCAAAUUGAACCGGCUUCUUUGCUGGCGCACCUAACCAGAACAGUCGUUGACGGCGAGGUCAUCUUCUUUCAGAUCCACCCCGACUCUCCUAUCCUCUACAAUAGCUGUCUGGUAGCUGAAGAAACAGGCAAAGAUGCCGCCAGUCUGAUUGGCUCUCCACAAAGUCCACCUAUGGCCAGCGCUGUGGUGGAUCAGGAUACCUCCUUCAUCCCCGGUCCCUUGGCUAUGAUGCUCUCUUUCGUCUCUGCAUGCCUAGUUAUUUACCAGCUCCGCUAUAUUGUCUGUUCUCAGGUGGAAAUACUAUUGGUGGAUAAGCUUCGCAAGUCAGAUCCGGGCAUCCUAAUGCGGCUCUCGCCGUCACUUGACUACAAGGCUUUUGCGAAUCUAGUUGCUAAUUACCUGUCCGCUCAGCCGGACAGACUUCAGUUUUUCACGCCGCAACCGAUCUCUGCGCUGAAUCAGGCACAACAGGGAGGAUCGCCCGUCAACUCUGAGGGCCCUGGCGGAAACGGAAGUUACUCUCCCACGGGCGCAACUGAUCUCAUCUCAGUGCAGUCCAUAGCCGCUAAGGCCUCCGGCUUCAGUGGCGCCUCUCCACAGUUUAUUAGUGCAUUGGCUUCAAUCGCGCACCAGGGUCUGACACGGGAGCCGCCGGGUCCUCCAAUUCCGUCCACCAUAUCGGGCACUCUGCGCGAUUUCCUCCAACUUCCUGCCGCUGCAUAUCCUGUUCCAUCACAAGCCGCAGCGACUAACUUUGCCCUCGCAAACGCCGGACAAGACCGUCCACCGCAGCUUAUCGCACGGUAUUCGGGUAUCAGUACCACCACAGCAUCCCCCUUCGGUAAUCUCAGCUUCCCU